AUGCCUGCACCACAGGUGUACGCCGCUCAGGCUGCUGUAGAAGCGGAGUUGGAUGAACAGAGGAGCAAGUCGCCUCGCGAGCCACAUGAUAUCAGCGCUGCCAUUUCACGGUUUAGUUUGCGCUCUGACACGCCCUCAAUAGCGCGACUUGCGGCGCUCACAAGUCCAUGUUAUUUCCACAAGCGAUUUGGUGACGCAGUGGACAUCCAGAAAGUCCUGGAGGAGAUCCGUCUUGACGAUCAAUUGUCACACAGCCGACUAAUGCAAACGGCUGCAAGUGUCAGGGAAGUUUCGAGGCAGCUGCAACGACGGCCACUGAAGCGUGCUGUGCGCAAUGUCAUGGUCAUCACAAAGGCCCGUGAUAACACACUCGUGACCGUCACCAGGGAGCUGGUAGAAUUUCUACUCGCCACGCCUCGUUACGGCAAAGACGUCGGCGUGAAUGUGUGGGUGGACUCGAAAUUGCAGAAAUCGAAGCGUUUCGAUGUCGACGGGUUACUAGCGCAGAACGACAAGUUCAAGGACAUGCUCAACUUCUGGACGCCUGCGUUGUGCCUGGAGCGACCAGAACUUUUCGACCUCGUCGUUACCCUUGGAGGUGAUGGCACCGUCCUAUUCACAUCUUGGCUGUUUCAAAGAAUCGUCCCGCCUGUGCUUUCUUUCUCGUUGGGUUCCUUGGGUUUCCUUACGAACUUUGAUUUUUCGAGGUACAAGGAACAGCUGAACCACGUCAUGGGUGACAGCGGGAUGAAGGUGAAUCUACGGAUGCGGUUUACCUGCACAGUGUACCGAGCACCGGCCUUCUCUACCACGAGCUCAAAUAUUGCCAAGAUAGAAGGCGAAUCACAUGAAGUUUUGAACGAGCUAGUCAUCGACCGCGGGCCGAGUUCCUACAUCUCGAGUCUUGAUCUCUACGCCAAUGACAGUCUCCUCACACGCAUCAGUGCCGACGGAAUCAUCCUAAGUACGCCAACGGGAAGCACCGCGUAUUCGUUGAGUGCAGGCGGUAGCCUGGUGCAUCCCGACAUACCAGCUAUAUUGCUGACUCCGAUUUGCCCGCACACUUUGUCUUUCAGACCAAUGCUACUCAACGAUGACAUGGCGCUCAAAGUCUCCAUUCCCUCGACUGGACGAGGGAGCGCUUUCGUCUCGUUUGAUGGCAAGGGUCGGGUCGAGCUAGGUCGCGGAGACGAAGUCGUCGUUCGAGCGUCACGGUAUCCAUUUCCUACCGUCAUGGGUCAGCCAUUAGAGUGGUUUGAUAGCAUCUCCCGCACUUUGCGCUGGAACACAAGAGCUGCAGAGCAGAAAGGGUGGGCUGGUAACGCUGAGGGGACGAGCGCCGAGCUGGACAGCGAGGAGAAGCUCACAGCCGGCGGCGACAAAGAUCCCGAGUUUGACAUCGAUUUUGAGGAUGAUGCCGAGACCGUGAGCACGAAGGACAGGUGA